UGAUACGUUGCAACGCCACCUGUCGGAUGCGACAUUUCGACGAAUUUUGUUUUCAACGAACGUGUGAAAUCGAGCAAUUUGUCGAAAUUCAGUAGUAAUCUUGCUGUUCAGCUAUGGCCGAUGCAGCAGCUAGAUCACUGCAAUAUGAAUAUAAAUCGAACUCUAAUCUUGUACUUCAAGCUGACAGGUCUUUGAUUGAUAGAAGGGCUCGAGAUGAGCCAACAAGUGAAGUACAAUCCCUCACUGGGAAGCUCACUGGUAUUAAAAUGGGAGACAAGGCUAAGAGGACCAAACCACCACAAAUGGAAGAAAGAAAAGCCAAGCGUCACAAGAGAGACGAGGCUCAGCGAGAUAUGUUAAAGAUGAAAGGAACAACUUUGCUUACUGAAGGUAUCUCAGACAUGGUGGGGAUAGUAUACAGACCAAAGACACCAGAAACCAGACAGACUUAUGAAGUGCUUCUCAGUUUUAUACAGGCUGCUAUCAGUGAUCAGCCUCGUGAUGUUUUAUGUGGAGCUGCAGAUGAGGUGCUUGCAGUGUUAAAGAACGACAAGAUGAGAGAGAAAGAGAAGAAGAAAGAAGUGGAAGGGUUGCUUGGGUCAAUGGCUGAAGAGAGAUUUGCCCUACUUGUCAAUCUUGGCAAGAAAAUCACAGACUGGGUACAGGAAGAGAAGAUGCAGCUAGAGGAGAACAUUGAUGAGACGUAUGGAGUGAAUGUACAGAUUGAAGAAUCAGAUGAUGAUGAUGACGCUGAUGUGUACGGUGAGGUACGUGAAGAUGAAGAAGAGGAAGAGGAGUCAGGUGGAGAGGAGGCGGAUCUCAAUGUUACCUUAUCAGCCGGAAAUCUUGGUGGUGGAGACCAGAGUUUGAGCGCAAAAGACAAUGCCGGUCUUCACCCUCGGGAUAUUGAUGCAUUCUGGCUGCAGAGAAACCUCAGUAAAUACUACCCCGAUGAUCCAACAAUGGCUCAGUCAAAAUCUAAAGAAGUUCUACAGAUACUGCAGGCAUCAGGUGAUGACAGAGAAGCAGAGAACCAGCUAGUCAUGUUGCUGGGUGUGGAUGCCUUUGCUUUCAUCAAAGUCCUCAGACAGUACAGACAAAUGAUCCUUUACUGCACAUUACUGGCUCAGGCACAGAAUGAGAAAGAGAAGGUAGAUAUAGAAGAGAAGAUGGAGAGUGAACCAGAACUGUUGAAGAUUCUACAAGCCCUUCAGGCUAUAGAUAAAGAAGAUAUCGUCUCCGAAGAGAGGUCGAGGAGAGAUCAGGCGAGGAAAAGUCGAGUUGCGGCAGACAUAGAGGCCAUGGAUACAGAUGACACACAGGAGCUUGGGUUUGUGAGUAAUCUUGACCUUGAGGACCUUUCGUUCACACAUGGUAGUCACUUAAUGGCAAACAAGAAGUGUCAGUUGCCAGAUGGUUCAUUUAGGAAACAGAGGAAAGGAUACGAGGAAGUACAUGUCCCUGCACUCAAACCACAACCCUUUGAUUCUGAUGAGUCACUGGUUAAUAUAGACAGAUUACCAAAGUAUGCACAGCCAGCUUUUGAGGGUUUCAAGUCAUUAAACAGAAUUCAGAGUCGCUUGUUCAAAGCAGCUAUGGAAACAGAUCAAAACCUUCUUCUCUGUGCUCCUACGGGGGCGGGAAAGACUAACGUUGCCUUGUUGACGAUGUUACGAGAGAUUGGAAAACAUGUAAACCCUGAUGGAACUAUAAACGGUGAUGAGUUCAAGAUUAUUUAUGUUGCACCAAUGAAAUCCCUGGUACAGGAAAUGGUUGGAGGAUUUGGAAAUAGGCUGAAAUCAUAUGGUAUCAAGGUAGAGGAGUUGACAGGUGACUCUCAGGUGACUAAGGAACAGAUAAAUGCCACACAGAUCAUUGUGUGCACGCCGGAGAAGUGGGAUAUUAUCACUAGGAAAGGAGGGGAGAGAACUUAUACACAGCUUGUCAGGCUAAUGAUCUUUGAUGAGGUACAUUUAUUGCAUGAUGAAAGAGGACCAGUUUUAGAAUCUCUCGUUGCCAGAACCAUACGAAACAUUGAAACUACACAAGAAGAUGUACGACUUGUUGGUCUCAGUGCCACACUACCAAACUACGAGGAUGUAGCAACCUUCCUGCGCGUGGAACCGUCUGAAGGUCUGUUCUUUUUCGACAACAGUUUCCGACCAGUACCACUAGAACAACAGUUUAUCGGUAUAACAGAGAAGAAACCGGUGAAGAGGUUCCAGAUAAUGAACGAGAUUGUGUACGAAAAGGUCAUGGAGCAUGCAGGCAAAAAUCAGGUGUUGGUAUUUGUACACUCAAGGAAGGAGACAGGGAAGACAGCUAGAGCAAUACGCGACAUGUGUCUGGAGAAAGAUACCUUAGGACUCUUCCUGAAGGAAGGCUCCGUGUCAACAGAAGUAUUACGUAAUGAGUCGGAACAUGUGAAAAACUUGGAGCUGAAAGACCUUCUUCCUUACGGCUUUGCUAUACAUCAUGCUGGCAUGAAUAAAGUUGACCGUGCUCUUGUAGAGGACCUGUUUGCCGACAGACAUAUUCAGGUGUUGGUGUCAACAUCAACACUCGCCUGGGGAGUCAAUCUACCUGCCCACACUGUUAUUAUCAAAGGUACCCAGAUAUACAGCCCAGAGAAAGGAAGAUGGGUGGAGCUUAGUGCCCUUGAUGUCAUGCAGAUGUUGGGACGUGCUGGAAGACCUCAGUAUGACACAAAGGGUGAGGGUAUAAUGUUGACCAAUCACAGUGAGUUACAGUACUACCUGUCAUUGAUGAAUCAACAGUUGCCAAUUGAGAGCCAGUUUAUUGGCAAGAUGGCUGACAAUCUGAAUGCAGAAGUUGUUCUUGGAACAGUGCAGAAUGUCAAGGAAGCUGUAGAUUGGCUAGGCUACACAUAUUUGUAUAUCCGUAUGUUACGUCAUCCGACACUGUACGGUGUAAGCCAUGACCAGAUCAAGGACGAUCCGUUGUUACAUCAGCGACGUAAAGAUCUCGUUCACUCAGCAGCUUGUCUUCUAGACAAACAUAACCUCGUCAAAUAUGACAAAAAGACUGGCAGUUUCCAGGUGACAGAAUUGGGACGGAUUGCUAGUCACUUCUACCUUACACAUGAAACAAUAGCAACAUACAACCAGCUGUUGAAACCUACACUCAGUGAAAUAGAACUGUUCCGAGUGUUUUCCCUCUCCUCAGAGUUUAAAUACAUCACUGUCAGAGAGGAGGAGAAACUGGAGUUGCUUAAGUUGCUAGAGAGAGUUCCUAUACCUAUAAAGGAGAGCAUAGAAGAACCAAGCGCUAAAGUUAAUGUGCUCCUACAGGCAUAUAUCUCACAGUUAAAGUUGGAAGGUUUUGCGUUGAUGGCAGAUAUGGUAUAUGUGACACAGUCAGCUAGUCGACUGAUGAGAGCCGUGUUUGAGAUAGUGUUACAUAGAGGCUGGGCACAGCUUACAGACAAGGCUCUGGCACUGUGUAAAAUGGUCGAUAAAAGAAUGUGGCAGUCAAUGACCCCACUACGACAGUUUAAGAAAGUACACGAACAUGAGGAGGUAGUGAAGAGAAUUGAGAAGAAGAAUCUGCCGUUCGAGAGACUGUAUGAUCUCAACCAUAACGAGAUAGGAGAACUUAUCAAGAUGCCAAAGUUCGGCAAAAGCGUUCAUAAAUAUAUCCAUCAGUUCCCUAAACUGGAGCUCUCAGUCCAUAUUCUACCUAUUACAAGGUCUACAUUGAGAGUAGAGUUGACUAUCACCCCAGACUUUCAGUGGGAUGAGAAGGUCCAUGGUACGUCAGAAGCUUUCUGGAUCCUGGUGGAGGACGUGGACAGUGAAGUUAUACUGCAUCAUGAAUACUUUCUUCUUAAGGAUAAGUUUGCCCAGGAUGAGCACUAUGUGAAGUUCUUUGUACCCGUGUUUGAACCCCUGCCACCACAGUACUUUAUCAGGGUGGUUUCUGACAGAUGGAUAGGAGCGGAGACACUGUUGCCAGUUUCAUUCCGUCACCUAAUCCUGCCAGAGAAGUAUCCGCCACCAACAGAGUUGCUAGAUCUGCAACCACUGCCUGUAUCAGCUUUGAGAAAUCCCAACUUUGAAUCCCUGUACAGUGAGAAAUUUCCAUUCUUCAACCCAAUACAAACACAGGUUUUCAAUGCUAUAUACAACAGUGAUGACAAUGUAUUUGUUGGGGCUCCGACAGGAAGUGGUAAAACUAUCUGUGCAGAGUUUGCUGUAUUGAGAAUGUUCUCACAGAACGCUGAUGGCAGAUGCGUGUUUGUUACUGCACUUGAACCUCUUGCACAACAGAUGUACACAGAUUGGUACAGUAAGUUUGGACUUCAGCUGGGUAAGAAGGUUGUGGUUCUCACUGGAGAAACUGGUACUGAUCUCAAGCUGCUUGCAAAGGGUAACAUAAUUAUCAGUACGCCAGAGAAAUGGGAUGUGUUGUCACGGCGAUGGAAACAGAGAAAGAAUGUACAGAAUAUCAACCUGUUUAUUGUGGACGAGCUUCACCUGAUUGGUGGAGAUGUCGGGCCUGUAUUGGAGGUGAUCUGUUCACGUAUGAGGUAUAUCUCAUCCCAGCUGGAACGAAACAUUCGUAUUGUAUCAUUAAGCUCCUCCUUGUCAAAUGCCAAGGAUGUAUCACAGUGGCUUGGUGUGUCAACUACAGGCUUCUUCAACUUUCAUCCUAAUGUCAGACCUGUACCCCUGGAACUUCACAUACAGGGUUUCAACAUCAGUCACAACAUGUCACGUAUCAUUGCAAUGGCCAAACCCACAUACCAGGCUAUAUUGAGACAUGCCCCCAAAAAGCCUGUGAUAGUGUUUGUCCCGUCACGGAAACAGACACGUCUCACAGCUAUUGAUAUUCUCACGUUUAGUGCUGCGGAGAUACAGACAGAGACAGAGACACCGAGGAGUCGAUUCCUGCAUGUUGCUGAAGAAGAUAUCUCUCCAUUCCUUGAUAAAAUCUCAGACAAGACAUUGAAAGAAACACUCAGUAAUGGUGUAGCGUACCUUCAUGAGGGUUUGAAUGAAUUAGAACGCAAGGUCGUGGAGCAGUUGUUCUCCACUGGAGCUGUGCAGGUGCUUGUUGCCUCUCGGAACCUUUCAUGGGGAAUGAAUGUAUCUGCACACCUAGUGAUUAUCAUGGACACACAGUACUACGAUGGUAAAACACACUCGUAUGAAGAUUAUCCCGUACCUGAUGUGCUUCAGAUGAUUGGGCGAGCUAACAGACCACUCACUGAUAAUGAAGGGAAAGCUGUGAUUUUAUGUCAGAGUUCAAAGAAAGAAUUUUUCAAGAAGUUUUUGUAUGAACCAUUACCAAUUGAGAGUCACUUGGAUCAUUGUCUGCAUGAUCACUUUAGUGCGGAGAUUGUUACAAAGACCAUUGAAAACAAGCAGGACGCAGUGGACUACCUGACGUGGACCUUCUUGUAUCGUCGUAUGACACAGAACCCAAACUACUACAAUUUACAGGGCAUGUCUCACAGACAUCUCUCAGACCACUUGUCAGAACUGGUGGAGAAUACAAUCUCAGAUCUAGAACAGUCAAAGUGUAUUGGUGUAGAGGAUGAGAUGGAUGUAUCACCCCUCAAUCUGGGAAUGAUUGCAGCCUACUACUACAUUAACUAUACCACUAUAGAAUUGUUCAGCAUGUCAUUAAAUGCCAAGACGAAGGUAAAAGGUUUGAUAGAAAUUGUCUCUAACGCCGCAGAGUAUGAGGAGAUACCUAUCAGACAUCACGAGGACUCGGUACUGCGUCAGUUAGCCAGCCGACUGCCCAACAAAUUGGCUAACCCAAAAUAUAAUGAUCCUCAUGUAAAGACAAACUUGCUGCUACAAGCACAUUUAUCCAGAAUGCAGUUGUCGGCAGAACUUCAAUCCGAUACUGAAGAAAUUCUUAGCAAGGCUGUACGACUGAUCCAAGCCUGUGUGGAUGUGCUGAGCAGUAACGGUUGGUUGAGUCCAGCCUUGGCAGCCAUGGAGCUGGCACAGAUGGUUACACAAGCAAUGUGGGGCAAAGAUUCUUACUUGAAACAACUUCCUCACUUCUCAGCUGAAAUCAUCAAGAAAUGCCAGGAAGCUACAAUUGAAACAAUAUUUGACAUCAUGGAGAUGGAGGAUGAAGAGAGAAACAACCUUCUGCAGCUUACAGAGUCACAGAUGGCUGAUGUCGCCAAGUUCUGUAAUAGAUACCCCAACAUUGAGAUGACGUACGAGGUUGCAGAAAAAGACAGUAUCACAAGUGGUUCCACAGUGAAUGUUCAUGUACAGUUAGAGAGAGAGGAUGAAGUUGCUGGGCCUGUUAUAGCUCCCCUAUUUCCACAGAAACGUGAGGAAGGCUGGUGGGUAGUUAUCGGCGACACAAAGAAUAAUUCCCUGUUAUCCAUCAAACGUCUGACCUUGCAACAGAAAGCCAAGGUCAAACUGGACUAUGUUGCUCCUGCCCCGGGUAAAUACAACUACACCCUGUUCUUCAUGAGUGACGCAUACAUGGGCUGCGACCAGGAAUACAAGUUCAGCAUUGACGUCCGGGAAGGGGAGAGCAGCAGUGAAAGUGACAGUGAUUAAGUUCUUGACAUGUUUUCAAUCAUCUCCCCUGUAUUAAAGGCAAAGGCUGGCGUCAGUGAACUGUGAAAUCAGUGGAUUUGUAAAAAAAUUGCAUUGAGAAUGUCUUACCAUAAAAAAUACAUGUAUAUUUAAAUCAUGAAGUCAACAAUACAUAAAAAUUUUGUUAAAAUUUAUGAAUAUAUGUAUGUGAAAUCACAACACAUUGCAUCAUAGUGAUUAUAUGGGGUAAUACUUGUACAUUUAUGAAAUAAAAAAUUACAUUGUAUAUACCGCCUUAAGAUUGAUUUAAGACUUCGCUAGUAUAACAAACUGUACAGCUCUGACUAGCGACUGAGAAAAAAUUCCUGAAACUUGCUUCUGGUGUUGCUGUAUUAACACAUUAAGUCUAUGACAUCAUGCUUCAAUACUUGAAAUAUAUGAAAUAUCUGAAAUUUAUUUUUUCACAAAUACAGUAAAAUAUUGCAUAUAAACAUGCACAUUGUCUUAAAAGGCUAUAUUUGUAGACUUUUGAAGAAAAAAGACGGAAAAUACUGCAUUAUUUAUUUCAAUGUGUUUUUGUAUAUCAUGUCGAAACUGUUGUUGUACAAUUGCAUAUUUGUAUGUAUUUCUUAAGGAAACAUUGUAUUAUAUUCAUUUUUACUGAGAAUAUUUUGAGAGAUCUAUGUUAAUGGCUGUUUGAGAUCAAAACCAGUAAAAUGUUGCAGAGCAAAGAUAGAUAUUUCACAGUUGCCCAACUAUAAACUCAGUAUACGGUAAUUCACUAGAUUUUGGUUUUUCAACAUUCUUCCGUCAUUUUUACCUUUGUAAAUGUGGAAUAAAAAUUAUUAAGAAAGA